AUGAAGAACGCCCUUGCGCUCAAGCAUCUCGCAGAGAGCCUUGUGCUCCCGAUGGUGGGCAUCAACAAGGGUCUGAAGAGCAGUUAUCUCAUCCCGAGACCGAUCAACAAUCCCACGAGCUACCCUUCGCUCGUCACGCAGAGAUGUCAGAGAUCUCUCGUUCUCAAGCUGAGCAAAGACAAACUCACCUCGAUGCUUCAAGACAGUGUCCGCCAGUUGAAGACGCCUGCCCCGCUCAUGCUCGAGGUCGCCGUGCAACGCAAGAGUUACGCGAUCAAAGAGGCUGUCGGGAACACAUGCUUACCCACGAUUAGCUAUCUAGUUGAGCAGCUGUUGAACCACCGCGACGUGAACGGACGUCGGACGAGUUAUCUCGUCUGGUGGCGCGGCUAUCACCCGUUCUGGGAUACUUGGGAGCCCCGCUCCCAACUGAUGAUCGACGUACUGGGUCUGGUUGAGCCGUACGAAGCGGCAGAUCCUGUGCCGCAGAAGGACCGCCGGAGAAAGUCUUCCCGGCACGGUCGUAAAGGGAUUUCAGGUUGUCAAUCCCUUCGUACAUCUCACUAG